AUGCAGGGCCAGAGAAAGGAGAAAAUGCAGGGCCAGGGGGGAAAGGAGGCAGGGCCAGUGGGGAGAGGAGGCAGGGCCAGAGAGGAAAGGAGGCAGGGCCAGAGGGGAGAGGAUGCAGGGCUAGAGAAGGGAGAGGAGGAAGGGCCAGAGAAGGGAGAGGAGGUAGGGCCAGAGAAAGGAGCGGAGGCAGGACCAGAGAAGGGAGUGGAGGCAGGGCCUGAGGAAGGAGAGGAUGCAGGGCCAGAGGGGAGAGGAUGCAGGGCCAGAGAAAGGAGAAAAUGCAGGGCCAGAGGGGAAAGGAGGCAGGGCCAGAGGGGAGAGGAGGCAGGGCCAGAGGGGAGAGGAGGCAGGGCCAGAGAGGAAAGGAGGCAGGGCCAGAGGGGAGAGGAGGCAGGGCCAGAGAAGGGAGAGGAGGCAGGGCCAGAGAAGGAAGAGGAUGCAGGGCCAGAGAAAGGAGAAAAUGCAGGGCCAGAAGGGAGGGGAUGCAGGGUCAGAGAAGGGAGAGGAGGCAGGGCCAGAGAAAGGAGUGGAUGCACUUAA